CUUUCCCGCUGGUUCGAUCUGCAACCUCUCUCUCUCUCUCUCUCUCUCUCUCUCUCUCUCUCUCUCUCUCUCAAUUACAGGAGCUGUACUCUCCCGAUUCCAUCGCUAGGAAAGAAGACAAGCCAUUCUGAUUCGGUUAGAAAAAUGGUCGAACGAGACAAAGAGUGGGAUUUACACUUCAGGACCCUAUAUAUCUUCUAUGGCCAGAGAUUCCAAUUUUGCCAGCGAUCCUGCUUCCGAUCCUUCACUGCUCAAAUUCGGUGAAGAAGCUUCACGAACUGUGUAAAGCUGAGAAUUCUGAAGAUUUGAUAGCUAGGGUUUAUCCGCAGCUGAACAAGAUUUUUCAGCGCUCAGUGGCUUCAAUUUCUCAGUCUCGAACUUCUAAUGGUCUUCUAUUACUUGGCUAUACUUCAAUUUUUCCUUGAUUUUGGAGAGGUCGUUUUGCAUGAUGCUGAUCCUAGUCUGAGUACUUUCUUUCGUUCCUGCUCGAGCCGAGAGUUUGCAGACGCAGUUGUUGCAGAGGCAACACUUGAGUUUCUGAAUCUGAACAAGAGAAAACUUCUCACUUCUUUCCCUACACUACUCCCUCAGUUUUUUCCAUUAAUGCUUAAGCUCAUUGCAUGGAAUGGAGAGAAAUUAGAAAAAUUAUUCCUAACAGUGUUUCCAUCGUUGAUGUCGCCUGGGUCAUUUCUUCCUCUAUUCCCAUCUCUCGUUGACUUACCAAUAUUGGUAGUGGCAUUGGAAAAGGUUGAACGGAGCUCAGGAUCACUGAUUGGCAGCAGCAUAGCUUCACUCCAGAAGAGUGCGGCUCCUGAGAUGCUGCUUGCACUCAUGGAUGAAGCGUACACUGGAUCAACCAUAGGGGAUGAAGGACCAGACUUUGAAUCUGAAGAUAGCAAUACGAUGGCUGUAGCUGAUCCAUUGUUUCUUGAGCUCCUUAAAGAUGAGAAUGAUGGCCUUGCUGUAUUCCCCUUCCAUAGUAGCUUCAGGCCUUUGUAAUAUCCAUAUCCCUGUUGAUGUAGAGUCGGAAAACAUUAAAGCUAAAGAAUUGGAGGUUUUAUGAGUAAAAAAAUUACUACCUCAAAAUUGCAAUGAAUAUGUUUUGGAGAUAUUCCAGACCAGACUAUUCUCUAAAACCAAUCAUCUUUCCAAAGAGAUAUACUGCUUCAAUCCAUGACAUGAUUUCCAUUUCUACCCUCUCAAUCACAACAGUACAAACGGUCAGCAAAGUGGGCUUCAAUUAUAUGGUCCCCUUAUGCAGGACUUUCAAACAAUGGAAACUAUUUCGAGCUAUGUCCU